UAGUGAGUCAAAGAAGUUCAAAACAAUGAAGACGAUCGUUCUCGUAACUUUUUUGGUAGGCUUAUUAGCCUGCACAGUCAAUGUAAAUGGUGCAUCUUUCCUUAUAAAUCAGGGAACCAUCAACUCUACAACCAGCGCUAAUGAUUUGAUAACAGCUUUAAAGAAUUUCUUAACUGAUUUUCAAGAAAUUAUGCCAUGCGGUUUUGAGCCUUGGAAUAUACCACCACUAGCACCAUUAACUUUAGACUAUGUUCCUUUCAACUUCACCACUGAUUAUCACAGAGUUACAGGAAACUUGUCAUAUAUGGUGGUAAAAGGUUUAAAUAGUUAUGAGGGCUUGAAAUUCAUAUACAAUCCAAGCACUGAUCGUUUUUAUUUCGAUACGAUUGUAAACGAAGUACAACUGCUCAGUGAGUACCAAGUGAGUGCCUGGGCUAAUUUAGCCGGUUUCUCAGUUCAAGCUCAAGGUGAUGGUGUAUUAAACUGGAAGAUAAAGGACUUCCGUAUGCUUGGUGAUUUUGCUUUGGAAGCUACAACCAAUGGCUUGGCUGUAGAAAACUUUAAUAUGCAAUUCUGGGUAGGCGAUGUUAUUACUGAUAACUGGAAUAAUAUGUGGAGUACUUCCUUAAAUAAUUUUGUCAAUCGCGUUGAACGUGAAUUCGUUUUAAUGCUUGCUGAACAAAUUCAAGCGGAUGCUGAUAAUAUCUAUGCUGCCUAUCUGGUACCAUAUUAUGAUAAUUUAAUGAAGGGCUUCACAAUGGAAUCUUUGACUAUGGCUAUUUCAACUGCAGCAUCGCAGUUAGCUGGAACAACUUGUUCUACCAAUUAAAAUAUUUCUUGAAUAUGUAUAUUUAUACUGAUAUACAUUCA